GCAUCAACAACAACAACAGCAGCAGCAGCAGCAGCAAUUAGGAUACCAUCACAUGCCUGACUCGGGCCACAACAGUAGAUUUUACAAAAGCAAUGUCUCGCAUGACAUGGCAGCAGGACACUUGCUGCAUAAAGGAGGAAGUGUGACAGGGAAGAGGGAGAGAGAGUCGGAACGAGAUCUAGAUGGUGAAGAUGAAUCCCUCUCCACUUCGCACAAGUUACAACGGCAAAUCGCAGAGGUCACUUCAGUUUAUGCCUCUAGUGGGAAUCAGUCAAGUAUGAGGAGUUAAAAAUGGACAUAUCAAAAGACUGAGGAAGAAAAUACAAAACAUGGCACAGUUGAAUAGGACGACUUUCUCCAUUUGUGUGUGGAUGCGUUUUUUCUCAUGUUUGAGGGAAAAUCUGGUUUUAUUUUAACCCCCUGCUCUUUCAUGUUCAAAGGAUGUGAAUGUUAGCUCAGAAUUUGUUUUUAUCAUUUACUGAAAUUCAUUUGCUUUAAAAAGAAUUAGUUUUUUUUUUUUCAUUUGACAGACACGAACGUCUUUUUAUUUUCUAGUCUUCUUGGAAAAGCCCCUUUCUUUAUUGGCAGUCUUUGUGAUUUGCUUCACCACUGUUGUGGUUGAGGUUUUAUUUACUGUCAAGUGAACCCUACCAAGUGGGAUAGACAGAUCAGUUUUUAACCAUCAUGAUAAAGCUGAGCUUCAUUCUACAUAAAUUGCAGCUAGAUUUUGUAAGUAUUUUUGCAGUUUGGUCGGCACCCACACCAUCCAUGAACCUGCAACCACCAUAAAACACUUUUGUACAGUUUUCGCAGACAUUUUCUCAUUGUACAUUUUCACUGAUGCUCAGUAGAGUGGUUUACACGCCACGUUUUGUAAACAGACAAAUUUAUACAGUUAUAUUUUAUAUAUUGGUGUUUCGUUCUUUGCCAGUUCAAUGUUUUAGUGUUGCUCUGAAAAUCGAUAUAAAUAUUCAAUACCAGCAGAGCUGACAUUUUAAAGUAGCUUUUAAAAUCCACCGAAAAUGAACAACUGAUCUUAAACACUCGUGUUUUUAACUCUGGACACAUUUGUAAAUUCUAUCAGGGAAAGAACUGCGGUUCUUGAAUGUUUUUAAACAGGCUACAGCAUUAAUGCUUCUAAACCUUAGCUUACAGUAUCUUCUUCAUCGUCUUGCUUGGCAGACACACACAGACAGCUGAUCUUUACGGUCAGGCCUUAAAUACUGAUAAAAACGCCAACCUAGACUCUGCCAAAGCCAGGAAAUGACAAUGGAAAAGAAAAUCAUCCUUGUUCAACAACUAUCAUCAGUAUGUCUGUGAAACUAACUUUUAUGGAUCAAGCAAAUCUGUGUAAAUAGACACCCCAUUCUCAUCUCUAUCCCUCAAGAUCUCUCAGCAUAGCUUUUACAUGCAUGUUUUUUUUUCAUUUUUGUUUAAUGAAUCUUAAUAAGUCAUUUAGAUCAGUGUUUCUCAAAUACGUUCAUGGAAGACCACCAGCUCUGCACAUUUUCCUUGUCUCCUUUACCAAAUACGCCUGAUUGAAAUCAUUAGCAGAGACCAGUAAUGGGUGUGACAAAGGAGGUCCUCCAGGAACAUGGUUGAGAAACACUGAUUUAGGCUAAACGAAACAUCAAGAGGUGUCAUCUAAUCAUAACAUGGCAUUUUACAUUGACUGACAUUCCUAAAAUAAGCAAAGCGUUAACCGAUUUGAAUUUGAAGUUAUCCCACUGCAUCCCCCUUUGACAAUGUUCUUGAUAGUUUUAAAAUGAGAGUAAUUAACAUCUGCUUUCUAAUCUAAUUAGUCUGGUAACCAAUAAUUAGGAUUAUGAACUAUUAGGAUUGUUAGGAUUAUUUGUAUUCUGUGUAUUUGGCCACAACUGCUUUAUACCAAAUGCCUCCUACAGACCAAACAUCAGUUUCUCAAAUUUUAACUGUUGGUUUUCAACCAGAUUGCCUGAAAAUAUAAAAUAAAUAUCUUAAGUAUAAAUAUAUGUGUUUUAGUAACCUAAAGCAGCAAUUUUAUGAGAUAUUGGGGAAAAAAAUCUGCAUCUUUUCAAAAUUGUAUAUUUCACUGUCAUUAAAUACUAACAAACAUUAGUCACAAUAUUAAGGAUGGGGAAAUCUGUUCUCUUAUAAUAAAUUCACCACAAUUUUAACAGUGUCACCAACACAGAUGCUUUAAUGACAGCUCCCCAUGUAAAACUAGAUUAUGUAUAUAAAUAUAUGGGCCCUUGAGUUCAUGUAUGGUUGUUAAUAACGGUGAUCUGGCAACCCCUCACUGAACUGCACUAAAUCCGUUUGGCCUGAGUUUGUGUUUGUAUUGCUGGAUCUGCUUUGACACUGUGACAUCUGUAUUGCUGUUGCCGACCAGAAGUGUUCAGUUCUAAUGUGAAUGUUUUGAUAUGAUAAUUAUAGAAACCUCAGUGCUUUUUGACUGUAAUAUCUCUGUGCUAUUAUAGUUUUGUCACGGCAGAAGCAAACAGUUUCUGUUUCUCCCCACUAAAGAUAGUCAUAUGUUUGGGUUUUGUUUUGUUGUUUUGUUUUUCUUUGUGGAAUAAAUGUGAUGUCACGUCUGAAUCUUGUCCUUGAAGUCUGUAAACAGUUGUAAAAGUAAAUCUGAUUGAAAAACUG